GUCUGUUGAAGGAAGCACUCUCUAAGGAGUCUCUUGGGAGUGGCUCUUGAGGACAGUCAGAAGAAUCUCUCUCUGGAGAAGGAUGACUGGCUGAACUGGUGUCUAUAUUCUUGCUUGGACAGAUCUUGUGCCUGCUGAAAAUGACUGAAUAUAAGCUUGUGGUAGUUGGAGCUGGUGGUGUAGGCAAGAGUGCCUUGACAAUACAGCUAAUUCAGAAUCACUUUGUAGAUGAGUAUGAUCCUACGAUAGAGGAUUCCUACAGGAAACAAGUAGUAAUUGAUGGAGAGACCUGUCUCUUGGAUAUUCUCGACACAGCAGGUCAAGAGGAAUACAGUGCAAUGAGGGACCAGUACAUGAGGACUGGGGAGGGCUUUUUAUGUGUAUUUGCCAUAAAUAAUACUAAAUCAUUUGAAGAUAUUCACCAUUAUAGAGAACAAAUAAAAAGAGUUAAAGAUUCUGAAGAUGUACCCAUGGUUCUCGUAGGAAAUAAAUGUGAUUUACCUUCCAGAACAGUAGAUACAAAACAAGCUCAGGACUUAGCAAGAAGUUAUGGAAUUCCUUUCAUUGAAACAUCAGCAAAAACAAGACAGGGUGUUGAUGAUGCCUUCUACACAUUAGUUCGUGAAAUUCGAAAACAUAAAGAAAAGAUGAGCAAAGAUGGUAAAAAGAAGAAAAAGAAGUCAAAGACAAAGUGUAUAAUUAUGUAAAUAAAAUUUGUACUUUUUUCUCAAAGCAUACUUAAGAUAAUUUUUUGUACAUUAUACUAAAUUAUUAGCAUUUGUUUUUUAGCAUUACCUAGUUUUCUUUCUGCUUCAUGCAAACUCUUAGCUUUUAUCUGAAUGCUUAUUUUAAAAUGACAGUGGAAACUUUAUUCCUCUAAGUGCCAGUAUUCCCUUAGUGUUGGUUCUUGAACUAGCAAUGCCUGUGAAAAAGAAAUUGAAUAUCUGAGAUUUUCCCUCUUGGGAUUUUGGUGCAUGCACACUUGCUAUAUAACUUUCUAUUUUUUCCUUACCAGUUAUGAACUUAGGUGUUUUAACAAAUUAAUGAAGUAUAUAAUGCUACACAGUUUUUCAAUGAUCCCUGCCUGUAUUGUGUUUUUUUCUGGUAAUGGAUUAGUUAUUAAGUAUUUUGACUUCAAUUGAAACUUAAAUAAUUGGCUUUAUUAACCUUGAAGAUAUAAAACCUCUUAAAGUCUUCCUGUAAAUUCACCUUAGAGAUAUCAAGUUGUGUAGUUUCGGAUGCCUUUACUGAAUGUAAAAGUAUGUCAUUUGGAAUUUUUAAAGCAUUUCCACUGCUACUAUUUGUCAUAGUCACUCCUUUAAAAAUAUAUUUUUUCUAUAAAAAAGGAAAUAAAAUAAAAAAGAGGCAGUGGAAAAUAGUUAAGGGCCUUUUUAUUUUCCUACUUUAAAUUGAUUCUUUCAGGUGGACUCUCAGUGGCUUUUACUUUUAAGGAAGACCUAGUAUAUGUUAGAGCAGAGGUGGCAAACUUGUAACCCUUGAGGUGCUAGCUCCCAAGUGAGACAAGAACUAGGUUAAAAUGUAAUUAGGAAAUAUAUAAAUGCAACAUAGAUAAUGUUAAUUGGGGUUUUUUUAACUCAAUAGCACCUUCAGAGAUCUAUUUAUAUUUGACACCACCACACUAGAAGGACAUCUGAGGUUACAUUAAGACACUACUCUUUAAAGAUGGGGAAAAAAAUAUGAAGUGCACACAGGUCAUAAUCCUCAUUUCUUAUUGCUUUUUCUCAAUGGCUUUAGUUCUUUCUUUGAACUUAACUCUUUAUAAAUAAUUCAGUUUUCCUUUGGAUUUGAAUCAAAGAAUACAUUAGCUUUAACUGUCAGAAAUUAACUAGAAACUAAAAUGCAUCUCAUAGAAAUUGAAUGAAGUUUUACAUUCUGGAUAAAAUUAACUGUAACUUUUCUUAAAUGUUACUAAAUUUAGGAUCGUGGAGCAUUGUCUAGCCUAUCAAGAUAUAUGCAGUACACCAAGGGAAAGAAAUGGCCAUACUUAAGAGUUGCAAUGCAUAAAGGGAUUCAAAUGUAUUUUCUGUAGGGUUCUUGAAUUUUUGAUGAAGCAGGGCAAUUUAAAAAAUCAACUAUAGGACCGAUAAGUUAUUCUUCAUUACCUAAGUUGUGAACGGUUUGAGGAAAAGUUUUUGUAGAAUUAAAGGGGUGGAGGGUGGGGGAAAGAAAGAAUCCUAGAAGAUAAGCAUUAUCUAAUUAUAAUAGCCUUAAAAUUCAAAAUUCAAUUAUUGACAUUGAGAAAAUUGAUCUAGUCUUAGAAUCCCUAUAACAUGUUUGUGGAAGAAUGUAGCAGAUAUGGAUAGUAUGCUUUUUGAGUCAUUAUACAAAAAUUAGGAGUUCUAGGUUCUUUUUGAAUUGAACUGAGUCACACUGCAUAAGAAUUUAGAACCUAACUUUUGUAGAGUAUCGAAAUAUUUGCCACUUUUGUGCGUUUUUUUAAAACAUUUGUAGAAACCUGGGGCGUUAAGUUGCAGUUUGCACAACCUGAUCUUAUUUGUAUUCCAGUGGAUUUCUUUUAAUAUGUUUUCUAAGAACAUCUCAGAUUUGUUUUGAUGGCAACAACAACAAUUAACAUCUUAAGUUACUGUAUGAGAAAUCAUUAUCAAUUCUACUUGUCAGGAAGUAAUACUUUAUGGUAGCUUUAUGUAAUCUCAAAAAUCACCUAAGAAAGCAACCAGCAAUUAAUAAGUUAAAAUUUUAGUUUUUUAAUUAACUGUUAUGUGUAAUUAGAAUCUGUUACCCUAAAAACCAAAAUUCCCAGCACCCCACUCUCUUCACUUUUAUGUGCUGACAUAGGGAGGAUAUAAGUGUAGCCCCACCUCUCACUCUCUUCCUGUGCUAGGGUUUGAUAGAGGUGGUGGGAGGUGAGAGCCAGGGGACUUUUUGCUCACAUCAUCUUAAUUUUGUUAGAGAAUUAGUUUUUUUUACUUCUAUUUCCUUUUUAUUCCUUCUAUUUCAAGUGAUUAUUAAUAAACUUUAUAAAAUAUAAUUCCUGGAGUGUUGGAUAUUAAUUUAAAUCCUACAGUUAUAAUCUUGGGUGUUAGGAAUUUCAUGUAGAGAAAAAUCAAAUAACAUGAAACUAUACUGUGACUAGUUCAGUAGAGAAAAUAAUUACUGUUUCUCCAAUUAACAUACUCAAAUUAGUUCCUGAAUUUUGUGUUAAUUAUAUAGAUUGAGAUCUGUGUGUCAGUAACAGCUCUAAGUGCCUAAGUGGAAUAUUGAUAAUGAACAUACAGAUUUACUUAAGAGAAACAGGUGAUGGCUUGGAGGAAUGUCAUUACAGACUCUUUGGGUAAAAAAAAAAUGCUACAUUAUGCUACAUGGGCUACAUGAUCUAAAAGUUCCUAAUUCCACUGUCUUUUGUUAUCAUGUUGAAAAUAGUUUUUCUUUUUUUUCUUUUUUUGAGUGCCAGCUUCCUACUAGAAACUAUUUCUUAAUGUAACAUGUUUACCUGGAAUGUAUUUUAACUAUUUUUGUAUAGUGUAAACUGAAACAUGCACAUUUUGUACAUUGUGCUUUUUUUGUGUGUGUGGGGGCAUAUGCAGUGUGAUCCAGUUUUUCUCCAUCAUUUGGUUGGGUUGACCUAGAAAUUUUGGUCAUACCAGACAUAAAAAUUUAAAAUGACCACUGUUUUAACUAAAAUUAACUUUUAAAUGUUUAUAGGAGUAUGUGCUGUGAAGUGAUCUGAAAUCGUCAUAUUUUUGUCUUAAACUGUACUGCUCCUAAUUAUUGUAAUGUAAUAAAGUUAUUGUGACUCUA